AUGACCUAUAAUGAUCUAACUAUAGAUCAUGAACUUAAAUGGAGUGGAAUGGCAAGGCGGGAUUCAUAUUUAAGCCUGUAUUUCUUUGUCACCGGCGGGCAGCCGGCCGGCAACUUUGCCUUUGCUGCCCACUGGAAUUUUCUAUCUGAGCUAAAGCCUUCCUCACUCUCUCAACUUCACCAAAACAGCUCUCUUUUCAUCCACGGAAGAAGAUCACCCAAGAAGCACCAAUCUAUUGUCCCUGUUGCAAGGUUGUUUGGGCCCGCAAUCUUUGAAGCUUCAAAGCUGCAGGUUCUGUUCCUAGGAGUUGAUGAAAAGAAGCAUCCAGGGAAGCUUCCAAGAACUUAUACACUCACACAUAGUGAUAUAACCUCUAAGCUCACUCUGGCCAUCUCUCAAUCAAUAAACAACUCUCAGUUACAGGGGUGGUACAAUAAGUUUCAGAGAGAUGAAGUUGUAGCAGAGUGGAAGAAAGUCCAGGAGAAAAUGUCUCUCCAUGUUCACUGUCACAUAAGUGGUGGCCACUUUCUAUUAGAUCUCUGUGCUAGGCUCAGAUUCUUCAUCUUCUCCAAGGAACUCCCUGUGGUUUUGAAGGCCUUUGUACAUGGAGAUGGGAAUUUGUUCAACAACUAUCCAGAAUUAGAGGAAGCUCUGGUUUGGGUAUAUUUUCACUCCAACAUUCCAGAAUACAACAAGGUGGAGUGUUGGGGGCCACUCAAGGAUGCUGCAGCACCUUCUAAGGUUAGUAGUUGUGGGUCCUACAAAGACAAAGGAGAUGAAACCCCAUCAAUAAGCAGCUGGAACACGCCGAGCCUUCCAUCAUCUCUGCCACCGGCAACACACUCUCCGGCGAAAUACCCAACUCCCUUUCUGGUUUCCCCGAAUCCGCUUUCUCCCUCAACCCGUCUCUCCUCCUUCUCUUCACGAAAAAGUUGCAGAGGCGUCGUUGCCAUGGCCGGCUCCGGCAAGUUCUUUGUUGGUGGCAACUGGAAGUGUAAUGGGACAAAAGAAUCGAUCAGUAAGCUUGUCUCGGACUUGAAUAGUGCGAAGUUGGAGCCUGAUGUUGAUGUUGUUGUUGCACCUCCCUUUGUUUAUGUCGAUCUGGUAAAGAACUCAUUGACAGAUCGGAUUGAGAUAUCUGCUCAAACUUCUUGGAUCGGAAAAGGUGGGGCUUUCACAGGAGAAAUCAGUGUGGAACAAUUGACGGAUAUUGGUUGCAAGUGGGUUAUUCUUGGACAUUCUGAGCGGAGACAUGUUAUUGGAGAAGAUGAUCAGUUUAUAGGAAAGAAAGCUGCUUAUGCCUUGAGCCAGGGUCUCAGUGUGAUAGAUGAGAAAGAGAGAGAGAUGGUCUCGGUGCAUGUGUACUGUGUAUGCAUGUGCCUCUGUCUGCUGGGUGUGAGUUAGCCUUCAUUGCCCCCAUCAGCCACAAAUUACACCAACCCCACUCCACUUUCUUUUCUUUUAAUAUAUGUUUAUUAUACUAUAUUCCCUAAAGCUUCCACU